AUGACAAUCUCUUCAAACCACACCAACCUUAGAGAUAUUUGGUAUACCAUGACUGGGAUCCCAGGACUGGAAUAUGCACACAUAUGGAUCUCCAUUCCCAUCUGUUUCAUGUACAUAGUUUCUGUUUUAGGCAACACCUUCUUAUUAUUCCUGAUCUUCACUGAACGCAGUCUUCAUGAACCCAUGUACCUUUUCUUGUCCAUGUUAGCCCUGGCAGAUAUCUUUCUCUCCACAGUCACCACACCAAAGAUGCUAGCAAUCUUCUGGUUCCAAGAUGGGGGUAUUUCUUUUGGUUGCUGUGUGUCCCAAAUGUUUUUUCUCCACUUCAUCUUUGUGGCAGAGUCUGCCAUAUUGCUGGCCAUGGCAUUUGACCGCUAUGUAGCCAUCUGCCAUCCACUAAGAUAUACUACAAUUCUAACCCCCUCAGUCAUUGGAAAAAUGGGCAUUGCAUCUGUAAUCAGGAGUUUCUUCAUCUGCUUCCCCUUGGUUUUUCUGGUUUAUCGGCUUGCUUACUGUGGGAGGAAUAUUAUUCAUCACUCAUAUUGUGAACAUAUGGGCAUUGCCAAGCUAGCCUGUGAUAGCAUCAAAAUCAACAUCUACUAUGGGGUGAUUGUGGCCCUAUUUUCUACAUGCCUGGAUGUAGUGUUUAUCAUCGUCUCCUAUGCCCUUAUACUCUGUACUGUUUUUAGAAUUCUUUCCCAAGAUGCCCGACUCAAGACUCUGGGUACUUGUGGCUCCCAUGUCUGUGUUAUCCUGCUGUUCUAUACUCCAGCCUUUUUUUCAUUCUUUGCUCACCGAUUUGGGGGCCACCAUAUACCACUCCAUGUACAUAUCCUCCUUGCCAAUCUUUAUGUGGUGGUACCACCCACUCUCAAUCCCAUCAUUUAUGGAGUUAAGACCAAGAAAGUUCAGGAGAAGUUUGUCCAUGUCUUUUCUGUGAGCAAUAAAUUCUGCUGA